GAAUUGCAGAGUUACCCAACACUAAAACCUGAUAAAGGCGAAGAAAAUUUUGUGAAAUACAGAAAGUAAAACGAGAAACAAGAGACGAGUUCACAUUCACUCCUCCGUUUGAUCGAGAAACUGAGCUACAACCGGAAAAUUGGAACAGCAAGUGCCAGAAAAGAAAGACCAUAAUGGCAGACACUGCAAAUCUCAUUCAUGAACGUUUCCAGACGUUCAUGAACGGCCUCGGCGACCGUUAUGAGCCUUACGUGCGCGAGCACCUGUCCAAGGUUUACAUGGUCUUGGGUAGCACUGCCGCCGCCACGGCAAUGGGAGCCCUGCUCCAGAUGCGCGACUUCCUCGAUCUUGGAGUCCUGGCGGCGGUGGCCACACUGAUCCUGGUCUUGGGCCUGCACUUCUACAAAGAUGACGGCAAGAACUACUACACACGAUUAAGCAUGCUAUAUGCAUUCGGAUUCUGCUCUGGCCAGACCCUCGGACCGCUCCUCGGCUAUAUAUGCAGUAUUAAUCCGGCUAUUAUACUCUCGGCCCUUACCGGCACGUUUGUCACCUUCAUCUCGCUUUCCUUGGCGGCUUUACUGGCCGAGCAGGGCAAGUACCUCUAUCUGGGCGGGAUGCUGGUCAGCGUCAUCAACACCAUGGCUCUUCUGAGUCUCUUCAACAUGGUCUUUAAGUCCUACUUCGUGCAAGUGACUCAACUCUACGUGGGAGUUUUCGUGAUGGCUGCCUUCAUCGUCUACGACACCCAGAACAUUGUUGAGAAGUGCCGGAACGGAAACCGAGAUGUGGUGCAGCAUGCUCUGGAUCUGUUCUUCGAUGUGCUGAGCAUGUUCCGCCGUUUGCUGAUUAUCCUGACACAGAAGCUCAAGACCUUCAUGGUUUAAAGCGAUUCAUGCUGAAGCGAAUCGUCCGAACUAUCUCGAUCAGAUAAUCCAAAAACAGUCGGUAAUCACUUUGCAAAAGUUUUCCAAACUAAAAUUCGCUGUGAAAAUCUAUUUCAAACGGUAUUUCGUGCAGCCGAGGCAAUAAGUAUACUUUCACAAAGUCAGGCUAGGAUCUCUAGGUCUUUUUUAAGCACUUGUGGGAAGUAUAUUUAUUUCCGGGAACUGCGAAUAAAACUUUUUGCAAAGUUUUCUAGCUGUUUGUGAAACUAUAUUUAUGACCUUUGCUUUGGAAACAAUGGUAAAUCAAUAGUAAUACCUUCAAUUUCUUGCAGGAGGAGCGUAAACAGAAUGAACGUCGCAAGAGAAACUAAGUCAAGCUUUAAGCAAUACCAACUAC